GACAGACGUAAACAAGCAGGCAAAAAUGUUGGUCUAUUUUCGAUUUUUGCAUCGAUCUUAAAAUUUAAGUGAUUAUAAAUGCAGAAAAGAACUUCGGCUACCGUUAAAAGUGUUCAAUAAAUAUUUAUUAAGAGAUGACGGAACCUGCUUGUCUAACCUGCACUAAGCAAGUUCCGGGCCUGGACCAGGCCGUUUCCGUGGGAAACCGGCAGGAAGUGCAGACUGCUCUCUCGAAGCACUUUUGGUUUAGUGAGUUCGAAUAUCGGGACAGUUUGCUUUGCCAGUGCUGCUGGGGACAGAUUCAUGAAUUUAAUCGUUUCUACUGUGAGAUUGAGCAAAUUCACACGGACAAGAAGCACGACACUUUGAGUAACUUUGUAGAGAUUAAACAAGAACCGCAGGUUGAGGAUGAGGAUGAUUUCUUCAAGAAGGAACCGGAGGAGGUCGAACACUUUGAAGAUGAAAGUAACGGUUUGGAGCAGGAUUCUGAAACUGAACAAGAUUCUUCCGGAGAGGAGGACACUCGUUCCAUCACGCAAGCCGUGGCCGAGUUUAUCAGUGAAAACAUCAAAUUCGAUUGUGCAACCUGCGCAAAGCCAUACGAAACAUUCGAGGAGCUUCGGCGCCACUCGCUGGGGCAGCACGGGAAGCGAGCUUAUGCAUUUUGCUGUGGGAACCGGUACUCGCAAAAGUCCAAACUGACCGCCCACGUGCUGUUCCACGUGAGUCCCGACCGGCUGCAGUGCGAUGUUUGUUCAAAGCAGUUUAGAACGCGCCGAGCGUGGAAAAGCCACCGGGCGACGGCCCAUGCCACCGAGGAGGAAAAGGUUCUGCAGUGUUCCGUUUGUCCGAAGAAGUUUGCCCAGCAGCAGCAUCUGAAGCUGCACGAAAAGUACCACCGGAAGCUGGAGGAACGCAAGUGGCACUGCACGAGCUGUGACAAGUAUUUUCCGUACGAAUCUACGCUGCGGCAGCACAACCGGGGCAUUCACGCGUUGGAGGAGCCGGCGAAGGUUGGGAAUGUAAAGUUGGAGGCGGUUCUUGAAGAAGCGCAUGAUGACAAAUCUGAAGAUUAUCAGGCAAAGCUAAAGAAAAGCAAGAUAGAUAACGAGCUAAUUGCACAGCACAUCAGCCUAGAGUGCGAUACUUGCUCCAAAAAGUUCGAGUCGUUCGACAUGUUGCAGAAACAUUCGACGACGGUGCACUUUAAGCGUGCCACAGUUUUCUGCUGCGAUACCAACUAUUCCCAAAAGCCAAGCCUCGUUGACCACAUCCGCUUCCACGUCGAUCCUGGCCAGCUGCAGUGCGAAAUUUGCUCCAAGCAGUUCCGGCAACUGCGAGCUCUCAAAUUUCACCGAGAUACCGCUCAUGCCAGCGAAGACGACGCGGUUCAUCAGUGCUCGAUGUGUCCGAAGAAAUUCGUUACCGAAAAACACCUAAAAAUCCACCAAAAGUACCACCUGAGAAUGAACGAGCGCAAGUGGCACUGCGUGGAGUGCGAUCGCUACUUUGCGUACGAAUCAAUACUGCGACAGCACAACCAAUCCGUUCACACCAAGACUUCCCUGUACAUUUGCCACAUUUGCGCCAAAGAGUACCAUAUCUACACGUCGUACUCGACGCACAUGGCCGCGCACGACGAGAGCGGACAGGCCAAGAACAAACCCCCCGAAGAGAAGCUCCAAUGUCUAGAGUGCAAAGCCUGGGUCACCAAGCGGGGCUUCCGGCGGCACAUCCUGCGCCACACGGGCACCCAAACGUGCGACCAGUGCGGCCACGAGUGCCGAAGCGCGAUGGCCCUGCGGUACCACCAGGCCCAGCACCGCAGCGGCGACUUUGGCUGCACGGUGUGCGACAAGACGUUCAAGGCGCAGCUCACGCUCAAGGAGCACAUGGCGACGCACACCGGAGACGUACUGUACUCUUGUGAUUUCUGCGACAAAACGUUCAACUCGAACGCGAACCGAGCGUCGCACCGGAAGAAGAUGCACCCCCGCGAGUGGCUCGAGGAUAAGAUGCGGAAAAGGGGCGAAGGAGCGGCGGCGGCGGCUGCGACGGAAGUGACGAACGUGCUGCAGGGCGAAUCCGAAAGUCUGUACGGCAUUCUGUGCCCCGUUUGCUGGACCAAAAUCCACGACUUCCAUCAAUUCUACACCGAGGUGGAGAGCAUCCACGCCAAACAUCCGCAACUGCCCCUGCAGCUACAGCCCGAUCAGUUUCUGGAGGUGAAGCAGGAGGAGCCACUGCAGGCGACGGUCUUUGUCGCCGAAGAUGUCGUCGUGAAGAGCGAGGGUGACGAGUCGAAUGAGGGUUCGAAAGCGGAAAGCGACGGAGAUGAUUUCGGAGGGGGAGGGGACAGUCCGAUGUUGAAGGAGGAAGAUUCUGAGGAUGAUGAUGAGCUGAAUGAAAGUUCCCAAGAGGAUGAUUCGGAGUAUGAGGAAGAACCGGUGCGGAAAAGGGGAAGAAAACCUGGUUCGGGUAAGAAGAAGGAAAAAAAGAAAACCGGGAAGCGAAGGGUAGGUCGACCGGUUCAAGGAUGGCAGAAGGACAUUCAGGAUGAGAGCUUCAUUGCGGAAACGGUCAAUCUGGUAUGUGACACUUGCAGCGAAAAGUUUGGAACGUUCGAAGAUCUGCAGCAGCACUCAACGGUGUUGCACGAUAAGCUGGCGUAUAUUUUCUGCUGUAAUCUCAAGUUUUCUCGCAAGCCACGGCUCGUCGAUCAUAUCCAGUUCCACCUCAACCCGUCCCAGUUUGCUUGCAAGAUCUGUUCGAAGCAGUUUGGCGAUCGGGAAGCGCUCAAGAGGCACAUGCGAUCGAUGCACGUGGACGAGGAGGAAAAGACGUUGCAGUGUAGCGUGUGUCCAAAGAGGUUCGCGCAGAAGCGAUUCCUGAACCUGCACGAAAAGUACCACCGCAAUCUGCAGGAAAAGAAGUUCCACUGCGAACCGUGCAAUCGCUACUUUGCGUACGCUUCUCUGCUCCGACACCACAACGAGGAAGUGCACGAGAAUAAACCGGACAAGUACGUGUGUCACAUCUGCGCCAAGAGCUACAACAUUUACACGUCGUACAAGUCGCACGUUGACUCCCACGACGAGGAAGCCAAGAAGGUCAAACAGUUGUCGAUGGAGCGGGUUCAGUGUACGGAUUGUAACGCUUGGGUUUAUCAGCGAGGUCUGCGCAAGCACAUGCUCCGUCACUCUGGAACUCAACGGUGCGACAUCUGCGGGCAGGAAUGUUCGAGCGUUAUGACUCUGAAAUAUCACAAGGCUCAGCAUCGCAAAGACGAUCUGACUUGCUCGGUGUGCGAGAAGGUGUUUAAGCGAAUGAUCAAUUUUAAGGAGCACAUGGCAUCGCACACCGGAGACGUACUGUACUCUUGUGAUUUCUGCGACAAAACGUUCAACUCGAAUGCGAAUCGAGCCUCGCAUCGGAAAAAGAUGCACCCGAAGGAGUGGCUCGAGGACAAGAUGAGGAAAAAUCCGAACCUGAUGCAGGAGCAGUUUCAGCAGCCGCAGCAGCAACAGCCAUUUAUUAUCCCUAAUUGUUUGCCCUCCCAGCCAAUUAGAACCAUACCAGAUCCCGGCACAAUGGACCGCACCGCUUGUUUGACCUGCUUGCAGCAACCGGACGACGAAACAGAUCAGCAAAACAUCUGCCACUCGGAUUUGCGUGAAAUCGUGCGAAAACACUUUUGGUUCUCGGAUGCGGAGCUAGCUCAGGCUUGGAUAUGCGAGGUCUGCUGGGAAACCAUCAGCGUGUUUCAUCAGUUCUACGUGGAUGUCGAGCAGCUGUAUGAAACGAAGCCGGUUCCGGAACUGGAAGCGGUGACCGUCAAGGAGGAGAAGGACAUUACCCAGGUUAUGCUGGUUGAAAACGAAAUUAAAGAGGAAGUACUCUCGGACGAUAUGCAGGAAGAGUUUGAAGACGAACAGCUCUACACGGUGGAACUGAAAGAAGGUGAGGAGCAGGAAAGUGAAAGUGAUUCCAAUUCUGAUUCCGAUGAUUCGAUGAGCGGUGAGAAUGAAGCCGACUCUGAGUCAAACCUCGGUGAAAACCAUCCGGACAACAUUAUCCGACGGCAUGUUGAGCUGACCUGCCAAGAGUGCGACGAUGCUGGAAGUUUUACGUUCAAAGAGUUCACCAUUCAUGCCGAAAAGAUUCACGGAAACAAGAAACCGUUCGUGAUGUGCUGCGGAUCCAAGUACAUCAAGCGGUGCUAUCUACUGGAGCACGUACGCUACGUUCUCAAUCCGGAUGCAUUCCUGUGCAAGCACUGUGACGAGGCAUUUACCAGUGGAGUUGCCCUCAAACGGCACCUUAAAAUUCGUCACGGUAAAGGGCAAACCCGUCGAUACAAUAACGAAAAUCGGCUGCGAAAGGACAAAUCAGUUCCGGUUAAAAAUGAAGAGCAGCUAAAGAAGCGCGAAGAGAUUGAGCUCAAACGACAGCAGCGAGCGGCCGACGAUCAGAUCAUGCUUGGCCACGUAAAGUUCGAGUGUGUUCCCUGUGGUGAGUCAUUCAUCUCCUUCACGCAACUGCACACCCACAGCACGUCCAAGCACAAGAUCAAACCGGUGGUCACGUGCUGCGGGAAUCGAUACAACAGCCGAUGUAAGCUGUGGCAGCACGUCACGUCGGUUCUCAAUCCGGUCGCCUAUCGGUGCGAGCUCUGUAUGCGAUGCUUUAACAGUGAGUACGCCAAGGAUACCCAUCGGCGGAAAAUGCAUCCGACCGCGGAGGAGCUCAAGUACCACUGUGAGCGGUGCGACAAGCCGUUCUCGAGGGAAAUUGCUUACAAGCGACACAUGCAGGACCACGAGGACUCGGAUCAUGGGCGGAUCAAGUGUGAGGAGUGUGGCAAGAUGUUCAAAAGUCGCACGGUUCUGUACAUGCACGUGCGCAAAAAGCACGUGGCGCCCCAGUUUGUGUGCGACAUUUGCGCGAAGGCGUUCCACCAACCGGCGGAGUUCGAGAAGCACAAGCUGGAGCACGAGGAUCCGGACAAACUGCGGAUGCAGUGCCAGCACUGCCUAAAGUGGUUCAAAAACCGCGAGUACUGGCGCACGCACAUCCGGCUGCACAAUCCGACGACGCCGGUUCCGUGCGAACUGUGCGAUCGCGUUUGCCAGAAUAAGCGGGCGUGGCGGGCACACAUGAAAAAUGCUCACGGUACGCCCGACAAGGUGUGUGAGCUGUGCGGCAAGUGUUUCAAGAAGAAGCAAAGUCUGCAGGAGCACAUUGCUGCGGUCCACACGGGACAGAAGCUGUUUAGUUGUCCCUUUUGUCCGCGGAACUUUAACUCGAGCUCGAACAUGCAUACUCACAAGAAAAAUAUGCACACCGAGGAAUGGCAAGCGUCGAAACUGGGCGCGGUCGCGACUACAUCCUUUGCUGGUCCGAGUGAGACAGAUAUGACGAAGGAUGGAGCGUUUUUGCAGUGACUGUGGUGUAAGAUUUUAAACAUCAGGUAGAUCUGAAUAAAGCGUAUUCUGUUCGUUUUGA